AUGAAGAGGUUGCUUGCUCAUCGCCAGUUCGGUUGCCCUUCCCGGAGUUUGGUGGCCAGAUCCCCUGCCCUGCCUGCACUUUGCAACAAUGUUAUUCCCGGCUACAGGUAUUAUUCAGCCGAGAAACACGAUGACACCACACUAGGUGAGAUCGGGGAUAAGGCAAGAUCAACAGCCGAAGAGUUCCUGAGGGUGGCAAAGGAGAAGACUGACGAUGUUACCGAGAGCGCAAAGGAAACGCUGCACGAGACGAAGGAAGCGGUGGUCGGGGAGUCGGAUGACGAGAAGGAGAAGUUCAAAAGGAGGGAGGAGGAAGGGAGGCACUACAGUGAAGUCGUGGUGGCUGGUGUGGAGAGAUUUGUUUACAAGGGGGUAGCCUCAAAUAUUGUGACUUUCCUCACUGAUGUUGUAAAGAUGAGCACAUCCUCCGCUGCGAAGAGUGUUAGCACAUGGAAUGGAGUCACGUCCAUGCUUCCACUGGCUAGUGCCAUUCUUGCUGAUUCUUUCUGGGAUCGUUAUUCUACAAUAACUGUUUCAUCGUUGCUUUACAUAGUGGGCCUAGUAGGUUUAACCUCAUGGGCAGUGCUGCACUCAUGGAUGCCAUCUUCUUUGCUGUUUUUGCCACUGUACUUGAUCUCAGUUGGGCAGGGUGGAUACAACCCUUCGUUGCAAGCAUUUGGAGCUGACCAACUACUGAGUGAAGAUGACAUGGAAUCUCUGCCAGCUGAACAAAAGAACCAGGUGAAGAGCCUGUUCUUCCAGUGGUGGUAUUUUGGUAUAUGCAGUGGUAGCCUCUUGGGGAACUCCAUCAUGUCAUACAUCCAAGACAUGUUUGGUUGGGGUCUCGGAUUUGCCAUUCCUUGCGGCGUCAUGGUCUUAUCUGUCGUCGCAUUCUGUUGCGGAACUCCUCUGUAUAUGUGCAACGAACAGAAUACUGGCAACAGGCCUUCAGAUAGCAUUUUCAGAGUACUGAAAGAAAUUGUUACAUGUCUCAUUACUCGGAAGGUCCGUUUACCGGCUAGAGAUGAUGAUCAUGACAUUUCGGAGCUAGAAUUAGAAGAGAAGGCGCUUAAAGAUGAGUUCACUGAUAUGAAGGAGGCAAAAGAUGACCAUGACACUGCACCUAGCGUCACCAAUGCCAUCCUGAGGCUUCUGCCGAUCUGGACAACGCUGCUGAUCUUCGCCGUCAUCUUUCAGCAGCCAAUGACGUUCUUCACCGAGCAAGGGACACUGAUGAACCACAAGGUCGGCAGCUUCGUGAUUCCUCCAGCAAUGCUCCAGAGCUCGACGACGAUGUCGGUGAUACUGCUCAUGCCGCUGUACGACAAGAUAUUCGUUCCUCUGAUGCGCGUGUUCACCCGGGAGGAGAAGGGGAUUACCGUGCUCCAGCGGAUCGGCAUCGGUAUGGUCCUCUCAGUCGCAGCCAUGGUCACCGCCUCCAUUGUCGAAUCGAAGCGGCUCCAUUUCGUCAGCGAAGGAGACGGCGCCACUCAUCAGCUGAGCAUAUUCUGGCUGCUCCCGCAGUACAUUCUACUGGGAGUAGCUGAUGUGUUCACGGUCGUCGGAAUGCAGGAGUUCUUCUACACGCAGGUCCCCAGCACCAUGAGGACCAUCGGCAUCGCGCUCUACCUCAGCGUCUUUGGCUUCGGGAACUUCCUCGGUGCCUUUCUGAUCGAGGUCCUCGAGACGAUGACUGCAAGGACGGGAGAGGGACACGGCUGGUUCUCUGAUGAUCCACGGCAAGAACACCUGGAUAAGUACUACUGGUUCCUGGCUUUUAUCGGCACCGUCAGCUUUGUGUUCUUCACGUAUCUGUGCAAGUACUACAAUGAACCGGAGGCACCUGGGACUGGGAGAUAG